UGGUGACUCACCUCCUCAGGCCGUGAGGAGGGGCCACAGGGACGAGGCUGAGCAGCAUUCGCUCUGCGGCUCUGAGACAGAAUCAGUUCCAGACUCGGUGCUGACUCUCACACAACAGGACAUAAAACCCAGAACUUGUUUGGCAGGAUUCCUUUUCUUUUUUGCCUGUGUGUUGUUGGAAGGUGAUAUUUCCUCGUCCCUCUAGAAAAGAAUACUUUGCACCCUGCGAGGUUUCUUCUUGCUCAACAGGUGCAUUCAACCGUUCAAAUGGGGAACUUCACCGACCUGCAGGACACCGUGACCUCCAUAGAUCGAUACUUCGACGUGGUGCACCCGGGCCGGAAGAACCUGCUGCGCGCCCUGAAGAAGUCUCCUCAGAUCUCGAUCAUCAUCUGGCUGCUGCUGCUGCCGCUCACCAUCCCCACCAUGCUCGAGACCUUCGAGUGCUGCAACAGCCACAAGGGAGAUGACACUCUGAUCAAGAGCGUGGUGGACAGUCUGAGGGAGGUGGUGUUCUUCACUCAGAUCCUCAUCCCCUUCGUCAUCCUGGUCUACUGCACGGCGCGCAUCGUCAACCGGCUCCAGAAGAAGACCGUGGGCGACACGACCAAGGUGAAGAGAACCGUCUUCCUGGUGUCCUCCGUCAUGGUGGUCUUCUCCGUCUGCUUCCUCCCCUGCACCAUCGCCAGGAUGCUGCUGCUCAUCGUCCGGGUCCGAGACAAGAGCGACCGGCUGCAGGACGGAGCUGCCGUGGCCUUCGACGGCCUCAUGGUCCUCUCCUACAUGGACUGUCUCCUGGUCCCGCUGGUCUACUGCUUCUGCAGCACCAAGUUCAAAGGUCUUUAUCUCUCCAAUUAUUUCCCCUUCCUGGUGAGAGGAGAUCCGCUGCCGAUAGAAAGCUCGACAGGAAACACGCCGAAGACGCAACACAGCAACGUGAUUUGAAGUCGAUGGACAGCUGCUGCAUGUUGUGUGUUUUCUCUCCAACAUGAAACUGUUUAAAUGCCCCAAAAUAUGACUUUAUGACAAUAGGUCAGUGACAGGAUCGGCUGCUCCUUCCCAUGCUUGUUUGUUGGUUUUUACGCUGCCGUUUGAUUUGUUUACUAAUGUCACAACGCUAUGAACUCUGGGUAACCCCCCUUAGUGUGGGACUGGACAGUUUCACAGUGGGUCGGUCCUGACGGUCACUUACCAGGACUAUGCCUCAGAGUCCAUGAGUCCUUCAGGGGCGACGUGGGAGUGGAGACACGUCGUCCAUCUUUACUUAUCUAUGUUUUGUCUAGAUCAUAUUAAUGUUGGUGGAUUUUUCUUGAGGGAAACAUAAGGGUCUCUUAUUAAGGGCGAUACCUCCCAGCUAAAGUAUGCACAUCUGUUUCUCCUGUUUGGCUUGGACAAUGAAAUGAGCGGCCGAGUUUCGACCACGAGAGAUUCCUUCCAAGCGCAGGAAUCUUAUCUGUCACACCAGUCUGAGCUCCCACUGUGAAACAAGCCCCAGUGGUUUGGAUUAAGACUCGGUGAAUAAAACCAAACCACCACGAAAAAGAAGACGAGAGAAGAAGAGUUUCUAUCAUAUUCACAAGCAUGAAUUCCUGGAUUUGUCAAAUCAGAUGUAUAUGUGACCAGAGUUUAUCAAAAAGGCCCCCCACAGGAAGCUGCUCAUUAAUAGGGAUUUAUGAAUUGUACAACUGUUUAUACUGUGUAAAUAUAUAUAGAGACAGAUGGGUGGAUUUAUACUGUAAAUAUCUUUUUCUUUUUUUAAGCAAGUUUUAAUAAACCAUCCCUCUUUGUGUUGGGAAGCUCUUCACAAACCUGUGGUGAUUUAAAGACAUAACUUAAUAAUU